AUGUAUGGUAUAUUUUUGAAGACAGUGACCUACGAUGAUGUGCAUAUCAACUUCACUCAAGAAGAGUGGGAUUUACUGAAUCCUUCCCAGAAAACUCUCUACAAAGAUGUGAUACUGGAGACCUACAUGAACCUCACAGCUAUAGGAUACAUUUGGGAAGACCUGAACACCAAAGAACAUUGUCAAUGUUCUAAAAGACAUGCAAGGAAAGAAGAAACACAUAGCGGAGAAAAAAGUGAAAUUAAGCAAUGUGAUGAAGUCUUUUCUUAUCAAAAUCAUCUUGAAAAGCAUAAAAUAACACCAACUGGAGAGAAACACUACGAAUGUAAUCAGUGUGGUAAGGCCUUUGCACGUCAUAGUCACCUUCAAUACCAUAAAAGAACACAUACUGGAGAGAAACCCUAUGAAUGUAAUCAGUGUGGUAAGGCCUUUGCUCAACGUGGUACUCCUCAAAGUCAUAAAAGAACACACACUGGAGAGAAACCCUAUGAAUGUAAUCAGUGUGGUAAGGCCUUUGCUCAACAUGGUACUCUUCAAAGUCAUAAAAGAACACACACUGGAGAGAAACCCUAUGAAUGUAAUCAGUGUGGUAAGGCCUUUGCGCUUCACAGUCACCUUCAAUACCAUAAAAGAACACAUACU